CUGAGCAUCGGCCCGGCUCGGAACAAUGGCUGCGCUGCCGCGGUUGCUGUGCGCGGCCGCGCUCGCCCUGCUGCUCUGGGCUGGAAUUUGUUCCUCAGUGUGUGUGGAAGUCCCAUCUGAGACAGAAGCUGUCCAAGGCACGGACAUGAAGCUGCUCUGCAUCUCCUGCAUGAAGAGGGAAGAGGUGACGGCCAGCACGGUGGUGGAAUGGUUCUACAGGCCCGAGGGRGGAAAGGAUGAGCCUAUCUACGAGUACAGGAAAACCAACCACGAGUUCCCGAGCCGCUUCAGCGGCCGGAUCCAGUGGAACGGCAGCAAGGACAUGCAGGACGUGUCCAUCACCGUGGUGAACGUCACCCUCAACGAUUCGGGCAUUUACACCUGCAACAUCACCCGCGAGUUCGAGUUCGAGAUCCACCGGCCCCUGUUCACCAGCUCCAGGCUGAUCCACCUCACCGUGGUGGAGGAGGCUGGAGAAGAUUUCACGUCSGUCAUCUCGGAAAUUAUGAUGUACAUCCUGCUGGUGUUCCUCACCCUCUGGCUGCUCAUUGAGAUGAUCUAUUGCUACAGGAAAGUCUCCAAGGCUGAGGAGGCUGCCCAGGAAAACGCGACAGACUAUCUGGCGAUCCCGUCGGAGAACAAGGAGAACUGCCCUGUGCCCGUGGAGGAGUAGCAGAGAGGAGUCACUGGAGCCAUGGGCACCGAGGGGCUCUGAAGACAGAAGGACCACGCCACACCAGCCAGGUUUSAGGGGGAGCUCUGCGCCGCCGGGAGGAACACGGGGAAGUGUAAAUCCUCUUCCAUUUGCCUCRGACUCUGUACAGCCCUGCCUUUGGCCCCGUGCCCGCCCGCUGCUGAAGGACUCUUCUGUUGAAGCACCGGAGCAAACGGCACAGGGGUGCGGGCAGCACGGCUCCUUGCCGGGUUUCAGCUCCAUCAGCACCUCGAUGGCUUUGUAAAUGUUCCCCGUCACUCCUCAGCCGCUCUCACCACCACCUUUAUUUGCUGAACUCGCUCCUUCUCCAUUGCAGAGGUUUUCGGGGUAUGUAUGGCAUGCUGCCCUGAGCCGCAGGACUGCCAGUGAGGCUCUCUGACGGGGUUGUUCCUCCACACACCGUGGCCCAAGAAGUUAUAUCGGGUGAAAACAGGAAGAAUUUAAUGGCUUAAUGAAGUCGCUCUGGAUUUUGGGCUGUUCGUGUAAAGCAGAGUAGGGUGAGGACUGGAAUGCAGCAGAAUUGAAAAUGUGCAGCGGGAAAGACAGGA